CGGUUCUUUUCCAGCUGAACGAGCUUUGGAUACUAUGAAUUUUGAUGUCAUCAAAGGCAAACCGGUGCGCAUUAUGUGGUCCCAGCGUGAUCCAUCUCUACGCAAAAGUGGCGUUGGAAACAUCUUCAUCAAAAACUUGGACAAAUCAAUUGAUAACAAAGCUUUGUAUGACACUUUUUCUGCUUUUGGAAACAUCCUUUCUUGUAAGGUGGUAUGUGAUGAAAAUGGAUCCAAGGGUUAUGGAUUUGUACAUUUUGAGACACAAGAAGCUGCAGAAAGAGCUAUUGAAAAAAUGAAUGGUAUGCUGCUUAAUGACCGCAAAGUAUUUGUUGGAAGGUUUAAAUCCCGCAAGGAACGUGAGGCAGAGCUUGGAGCCAGAGCAAAGGAAUUCACCAAUGUUUACAUCAAGAAUUUUGGAGAAGACAUGGAUGAUGAGAGACUUAAGGAACUCUUUGGCAAGUUUGGUCCUGCCUUAAGUGUGAAAGUUAUGACUGAUGAGAGUGGAAAAUCCAAGGGCUUUGGCUUCGUUAGUUUUGAAAGACAUGAAGAUGCCCAAAAAGCUGUAGAUGAGAUGAAUGGAAAAGAGCUCAAUGGGAAACAAAUCUAUGUUGGACGGGCUCAGAAAAAAGUGGAAAGACAGACGGAGCUGAAGCGUAAAUUUGAGCAAAUGAAGCAGGACAGGAUCACCAGAUACCAGGGUGUAAACCUUUACGUGAAAAAUCUUGAUGAUGGAAUUGAUGAUGAACGUCUUCGAAAAGAAUUCUCCCCAUUUGGUACAAUCACCAGUGCAAAGGUCAUGAUGGAAGGUGGACGCAGCAAAGGAUUUGGGUUUGUCUGCUUUUCGUCACCAGAAGAAGCCACCAAAGCUGUCACAGAGAUGAAUGGUAGAAUUGUGGCUACUAAACCAUUAUACGUAGCUCUAGCCCAGCGUAAAGAAGAGCGCCAAGCUCAUCUCACCAACCAGUAUAUGCAGAGAAUGGCGAGUGUAAGAGCAGUCCCUAACCCAGUAAUCAACCCCUACCAACCAGCACCUCCUUCAGGUUACUUCAUGGCAGCUAUCCCACAGACUCAGAACCGUGCUGCAUACUAUCCUACUAAUCAACUUGCUCAACUUGCUAGACCUAGUCCUCGCUGGACUGCUCAGGGUGCCAGACCUCAUCCAUUCCAAAACAUGCCUGGUGCUAUCCGCCCGGCAGCUCCCAGACCACCUUUUAGUACCAUGAGACCGGCUUCUUCACAAGUACCACGAGUCAUGUCAACACAACGUGUUGCCAAUACAUCAACACAAACAAUGGGUCCACGUCCUGCAGCAGCAGCUACUGCAGCUACUCCUGCUGUACGCACAGUACCACAGUACAAAUAUGCUGCAGGUGUUCGCAAUCCUCAGCAGCAUCUUAAUACACAGCCACAGGUUGCUAUGCAGCAGCCUGCUGUCCAUGUGCAAGGUCAGGAACCCUUGACUGCUUCCAUGUUGGCUUCUGCCCCUCCACAAGAACAAAAGCAGAUGUUAGGUGAACGUCUAUUUCCUCUUAUUCAAAGCAUGCAUCCUACUCUGGCGGGUAAGAUCACUGGUAUGUUGUUGGAGAUUGACAACUCUGAACUCCUUCACAUGCUCGAGUCUCCUGAGUCUCUUCGUUCGAAGGUUGAUGAAGCUGUAGCCGUACUACAAGCCCACCAAGCUAAAGAAGCUGCUCAAAAGGCAGUUAAUAACCCUACUGGGGUUCCAAGUGUUUAAUAAAUCCGGGAACUACAAUCUAGAACUUCGCUUCACCGAAGAAAAAAAAAUUUAAACAUGGAAAAACUAUUAAAUAUUGAGAAAAACAUUGCAAAAUAUAAAAUGAAUAAAAAAAGGAAAGGAAACUUUGAAGUCAAUGUACAGAGCAAUGCCGGGGCUAGUAAAACAAGUGCUAGUCCUAGAUUACUUAUUGAUUUAAAAUUAAAAAAAAAUAGUAAAAUAAAAAAUACAAAUUAAUGUUUUAUAAACCCGGGGGAAAAGAAUUUUCAGCACAGUACAAAAAUUUAAAGCAUUCCUUUCUUUAAUUUUGUAAUUCUUUACUGUGGAAAAGCUCAGAAUAUCACCACUGUUUUAGUUGACAGUGGGAAUUGAUAGCUGAGCAAAGAAACGUAAUUUGGAUUAUAAAAUUCUUCGUUUAAUAAAAAUUCCUUAAACACUGA